CCCAGGCCAACCGUGUCGUUCAAGGGGAGCGCUCUGCUCGACUUCGACUCCUCCACUGCUCCGGCUCUGCUCUGCCAGUCCUCGCGUAGCGGUGUAUAGGCUGAGAGGCAAGGCGAGAUGAGGAGCGGGCGGCGGAUGGCGGCGGCGCUGGUGGCGGUGGUGUGGUCGUCGUGGGCGCUGGCGCUGGCGGCGGCGGCGCAGAGCUACAAUGCCGUCUUCAACUUCGGCGACUCCAUCACCGACACCGGGAACCUCUGCACCAACGGGAGGCCGUCGUCGAUCACCUUCACCCAGCCGCCCUACGGCGAGACCUACUUCGGCACGCCGACGUGCCGCUGCUGCGACGGCCGCGUCAUCCCGGACUUCCUCAGCUCCAAGUUCGGGCUGCCGUUCCUCCCGCCGUCCAAGUCGACGACGGCCGACUUCAAGAAAGGCGCCAACAUGGCCAUCACCGGCGCCACCGCCAUGGACGCGCCCUUCUUCCGCUCGCUCGGCCUCUCCGACAAGAUCUGGAACAACGGGCCCAUCAGCUUCCAGCUGCAGUGGUUCCAGCAAAUCUCCUCCGCCGUCUGCGGCAACGACUGCAAGAGCUACCUGGGCAACUCCCUGUUCGUGUUCGGCGAGUUCGGGGGCAACGACUACAACGCGAUGCUGUUCGGCAACUACAACGCGGACCAGGCGAGCACGUACACGCCGCAGAUCGUGAGCACCAUCGCCAACGGGGUCGAGAAGCUGAUCGCGAUGGGCGCCACGGACAUCGUGGUGCCCGGGGUGCUCCCCAUCGGCUGCUUCCCCAUCUACCUCACCAUCUACGGCACCUCCAACAGCGGCGACUACGACAGCCUCGGGUGCCUCAAGAAGUUCAACGACCUGUCCACCAACCACAACAACCAGCUCCAGACGCAGAUCUCCAGCCUCCAGGCCAAGUACAAGUCCGCCCGCAUCAUGUACGCCGACUUCUACUCCGCCGUCUACGACAUGGUCAAGAACCCCGGCAGCUACGGGUUCAGCACGGUGUUCCAGACGUGCUGCGGGGCGGGAGGCGGCAAGUACAACUACCAGAACAGCGCGCGGUGCGGCAUGUCGGGCGCCUCGGCGUGCUCCAACCCGGCGGCGCACCUCAGCUGGGACGGCAUCCACCUCACCGAGGCCGCGUACAAGCAGAUCACCGACGGCUGGCUCAACGGGCCCUACUGCCGCCCGGCGAUCCUCCACAGCUAAGCUAAGCCCAUCGUCAGGGACUCAGGGGCAGCAGAGCGAGCGGGGACCGAUUAAUUAAUUACUAUUUUUUAUUUGUUGUUGUUGUUAUUAUAUCUUCUGUGUUUAUGUUGCCGGGAAAAAAGUGUCUCGGCAACUGCAUGCAUCUGUUUUUCUUGUUCUUCCCUGUUGUAACUUAUAUAUAUUAUAUUAUGUAUACUGGUCUUCAUUUACAAAUCAAAUGGUAUAUAUUUUCAUGGAACU